AUGCGCGUGUGUGUUUCUAUUCACCGUGUAGAGAAGGGAAGGGAUUGGGGGGAAGCAGGGAAGGGGAUGGGGGGAAGCAAGGAAGGGGAUGGGGGGGAGCAGAGAAGGGGAUGGGGGGAAGCAGAGAAGGGGAUGGGGGGAAGUAGGGAAGGGGAUGGGGGGAAGCAGGGAAGGGGAUGGGGGGAAGCAGGGAAGGAGAUGGGGGGAAGCAGGGAAGGGGAUGGGGGGAAGCAGGGAAAGGGAUGGGGGGAAGGAGGGAAGGGGAUGGGGGGGAGCAGGGAACGGGAUGGGGGGAAGCAGGGAAGCAGGGAACGGGAUGGGGGGAAGCAGGGAAGGAGAUGGGGGAAGGAGGGAAGGAGAUGGGGGAAGCAGGGAAGGAGAUGUGGGGAAGCAGGGAAGGGGAUGGUGGGAAGAAAGGAAGGGGAUGGGGGGAAGCAGGGAAGGAGAUGCGGGGAAGCAGGGAAUGGGAUGGGGAGAAGCAGGGAAGGGGAUGGGGGGAAGCAGGGCAGAGAGCACUAG